AUGAGUAGCAUCUUCGGUUCAACCUGGCGCCACGCAGGAAGUUCGUCUCCUUGGUCUUCCCCAGAACAGACUAAGAAUCUCGACCCUCCUCCCAACUGGGGUGGCGUCCAGAACCUGAUCGAUGAGACGCAGGUAUCUCUUUUUGAUGCCUUUCAGAAGCUAUCUCGUCUUCGAAGCGACAGGAACAUAGCAGUCCCACAACUCGUUGUCGUUGGUGAUCAGAGUAGCGGCAAAAGCUCUUUGCUGGAAGCUAUCGCCCGGUUCCCCUUCCCUGUGCACGGUGGUCUUUGCACCCGAUUCCCCAUCAAGCUCGUUCUCCGCAGAUCCUCGGAGGUACGAAUCAGCUACUUCAUAGAACCAGGAAGCUCACGGUCGGAUGAUGAUCGUGACAGGCUGUGCCGAUUCGAGGGUCGCCUGGCAGACACAAACAUGUUUGGCGACUGCUUGUCACGGGCAGCAGCCGUCCUUGGAGUACCUGCACCUCUUGGCUAUGAUAAGCUGCGAGAUGGAACUUCCGUCUACCAAGAGACUUCGGCAGGGUUCACGGAUGAUGUCCUUGUCGUCAAUCAAUCUGGUCCACAGCUGCCUUACCUCGACGUGUUGGAUUUACCUGGGAUCUUUCAAGCCAGUUCCUAUGGGCAAACAGAUGCAGACCGGGCAAUCGUCACGGCCAUGGUCGAGAAGUACAUCAAAGAGGAGAGCAACCUGAUUCUGCUAGUCACCCAUGCUGGGAACUCUUACAACAACUCCAAUGCGGUGCAGGUGGUCCAAAGCAUCCUGUCUCGCGACUCUCACCUGGCACAGCGACUUAUUGGGGUUCUCACUCACCCUGAAUUCGCACAUGACACCGAUGCUCUUGAGCAAGCAAGAGACAUACUUCAUGGCCGAAAAGACAGCGCUAUACCAAAAUGGCAUGUUGUUAAGAAUUGGAACAGAUCGGACACUAUUCGUGUUCCUUUACAACAGCGAGAUGAUCAGGAAGAAGCAUGGUUUCUCGACGCUGCUAAUGGCUGGGACGAUGCGCCAAAGACAAAGGUAGGUACCAAGGCGCUCAGGAUGGCUCUCAAAGACAUGAUCUGGAAGCACAUUAAAGCCAUGCUCCCAAAGCUUGUGGAUAGGCUUCAGAAAGAGACGGCUGCUAUCAAAGAUCGCAUUGAUUUGAAUGGAAUUUUGAGGGUCGAUGACCGUGGCCGUCGGGCGUAUCUCUCGCGUAUCGCUUUGGAAUUUGAAAGGUUUGCAACACAAGGAUGUCAGGGAACAUACAUCAACCCAUCGUGUCGGAAGCCUCACCUGAGCAGCACUAGCUGCCGGACCUGCCGUGGAUUCUUUGGAAAGUUUGGCAAAGAGAACCCACUCGAACAGGACAAAAAGCUGCGAGCAAACAUCAAGGCACUGAGCACACUGUUUGCUUCAGCACUUCACGAAUGUGGCAGAACUCAAGGGAUAAAUGGCACAAACCAUAGCACGCCUGUUCGAAAAACCGAGGACUUGUUAGCGAGUGUGAUCCCGGCUGAUCCAACUCAGACUCUGAAGCGAGAUAGUGUGGAUAAAGGCGGUGAUAAAUCGUGCACGAUUGAGAACGUCGUCCAGGCAACGUAUGACACUCUGAUGGAUGUUGUCAGUACCUCUUACCAUGAGGAUAAGGUCACAGAAGGGAUUGUUGCCGAAGCUCUCAAAGCCCAAUACUACACACAUGAUAAGUCUGGACUCACCACUCGGGAAGAGCAUGAGCGCUGGGUCGCCGAACGUAUCCAACGGUGGAGUGGUGGCGAAGCUCCGGGAGAAACCAAUCCUGUCGUCUUUUCGGGACUUUCUGAAUGGCAGUCAGAGAAGUGGGCUGACAUCGCAACCUGCGAUGACGAGGAUGUUCGCCAGGCUCUUCGGGAACACCAAAUCCUCCCCAAGCUUGGCGAAAUGGAGGCGACUUCUCACGGCGACUUGCGGAGGCUGCUUGACUGCCAUGGGAGGGAUAGCACGUGGUUUUCUCAUGGCUUCGUCAAUCUGGCUCGUCUGCGGCACGAAAAAGACCCGCUUGCUAGUGAUCAGGGAAUGGGAGGCCAGCCUAUCGUCUCCCACAAACUCUUGGACUUGGCCAAGGAGGCCAUCAUGAAAAGCCUAUUCGCCCAAGGUCUAGGUUCUGAGGUCGUCUCUCGCGUAGUUCAAUCAAGCCUUGAAGGAGUCUUUGGCUCGCACCGUAACUCCACCGAAGCGGCGGUCAUAGGGCUUGCCACGGCUGAUUACAACAUUUCCGCAGCAUCGCGCGUCAUUUUGCAGGAAGAGACCUGUUACGAGAUGAGCAUGAUAGCCUUCGUAGGCUACGUCAACACGUGGGUUGUUGGACAAGGGAUCCUGGACCAGCUGCCCGCUGAGAUCCUUACGCAGGAGAUGGUUCGCGAAAUGAAUGAAGGGAUGGUCGAGAAGAUUGCUGGCCAAACCGAGACAGUCAUGGCGCAGCAUGCACGAGACAACCUGGACCUCCAGACAAUGAACGAGGUAUUGAAGACGAUGAGGAAGUAUACGAAGGCCUAG